AUGAUGAAUUUUUUGUCUAGAAGUUAUUCAGUAUUACAUGCUGGUGCUAUGAUAGGAUUAAUAGCAUUAUUUUUAAAUUAUUAUACUGGUGUUAAUUUACGUACUAAUAAACAUAUGAUUGGUGAUGUUAAACAUAUCAAAACACAUGAACUUACACUUGAUAAAUCUAAAGUUGAUAGAGCAUUAAUAGAAUUGAAUAUGAGAUAUGAUUUAAGAGGAGCAUUUGAUUGGAGUACACAUAUGAUAUUUAUAUAUGUAACAGCAAAUUAUAUAACAAAUCGUCAUGAAAGAAGUGAAGUAAUAAUAUUUGAUAAAAUAAUAAAUAAUAAAUCAGAAGCUUAUCAACCAUCAAUUAAUAUUUUUGCUAAAUAUUUUCUUUACGAUUUUGGUAGAUCACUUAGAAAUCGUGAUAUUAGUCUUAAAUUCUUUUAUGAAUUAGUACCAAUUGGUGGAUUCAUUAAACAAUAUCAACUCUCACAUAAUAAAUUCACUAUGCCAAAACAAUAUACACAAUCAUCUUAA